CGACGUCUUCUGCGAGCGACGGAUUCUUCUCCAGACGCGAUAAUUUCUCACAAAAUCAUCUCAGGAGGCCGAUGGAGGGCGUGAUUCUCAGCUAGACGAGAAGAGACAGGGUAGAGAGGUAGCAUGGCAUCCAGUUCAGUUAGUCAGGAAGAUGUUGAGGUAGACUUUGAGACCUCAUCUCGGCGAUCUCGCAUACGGACAGCAAGGGCUCGGAAUAUCAACCCAACAUCGCGCCCAGGUACAGGUGAAGCGGAUGAGGAAGGAGAGGGAAGUGACCGAGAUGUUGGAACAGGAGGUGGGCUUUAUCCGGGGGCUCCUGAUCACGAUGCCAGUCCAAAGCCCGCCACGAGACUCAAGGAGAAAAGGAUGAACAGACCCAAUCACACAAACAAGGGGAAACAACAGCGUGACAGGCGAAAGCUGCGUGAGAAAAGACGUAGUACUGGGGUAGUCCAUCUGCCAUCUACAGAGUCGACAGGAGGGAGCACAGGAGAGGACGAGGAACUGCUUUCAAUGACAGCCGAGACCCGCAGGAACACUCAUUACAACGAACACCUGGAGAAGGAGAAAUCUGGCGACCACCACCACUCUGUUGUCUCCGGCCCUCCCUCCUUGCCCGACCACAAGCAUAAGAAGUCCUUCACAAGCCACAGAAAUAAGAGCCCGAGUGAUUUAGAAGCAGAUGAUGAAGACAACCAAGACUAUGACUCUCUGACAAUGAGUGACUCCACGCUGUCCCUCGUGCAGCCAGCCUCUGCAGCCUUACCAAACCUUCACUCUUCAAACAGCUUGCAGACAACUAGACCACCUGCAAAUGGAAGGCCUGCAACACCAACAACAGAGAGUGUAGAUGAGCUCUUGGAGAGUGCCCGUGAGGAAAACCGCCGUCUCCUGGGCCUCCUUGAAGAGCGAGACAGGCGCAUCUCGUCACUUGAAUCUCGACUUUCACAACUCACAGGGGAGCUGAGCCAGGCAUGUAACGACCGCUCUAAUUUGCGACAGGAAAACAAUGCCCUCAUACGGGCGAUUGCUUCACUCACCACAAAGUAACCUUGUGGCAGCUAUCACCACAUAACAUCGAGUAAUCCCCAUGUGCCAUGUCUCUGGCUGUUAGGUGAACUUAAGGUGGCAAUUGGUACUUAAGUAAAUACUUUGAGUAGGCUGUAGUUUGUGUACUGUAUCAUAGAUGCACAGAGGUAUUGUCCUCCAUUCUGGCAGCAUCUACAACUCGCUGGUGAACUUGGUAAUCGAUGAUGCUGUUUAAUCUUUGAAUAUUGCUCACCAUUCUCACCCAGAGCUUGUAAGAAAGGAUACACGGUGAUCCAGUUAAUUGGCUGCUUGUGCUCAUUAAUUAUUGCUGUGCCAGAGAUAGAGUAAAAAAAAAAAGAUGUUCGACAAAUGAUUUGCACUGCUUCAGCUACACCACAGAUAUGUAAUGCCAAGAACUCAGCCCAUGUUGUUGUGAGUAUGUGAAUGUAUUUAUAGUUGACUUACUUUUAUCCAUAUUUAUAAAACUAAACGUGUGUGUGUGUUUUCUGUAAAGUGUUUGAAUAUAAAGAUGGGUAUGAAUUUUACAUAUGCUCCUACAGACACACAAACAUACCAACAUGAAAGUACACAAACACAAACAGAAUAGAUAUCUUAUGCAGUAUGUCAUAGUUAGUGUGUAUUUAUGAAUGAUCAUAUUUGUAUGUGUGUAUGCUUGUUGGAAAUUAGUUAAUUUCAGUUUCCAAGAGUUUAUAUUGGAAUGUGAAAAUUAUAAAAAGAAUAUAUAUUUUUCAAGGAUUUAUUUUCAAGUUUGAAAUUCUACAUUUUAUAAAUUUUGUGUAAACCUCUUUGGUAACUGUGCAUUCAGUUUUCUGUAUCAGAGAAUUUUAUGGGUAUAGAACCACCUGUUUGCAAUGUGUGUUUGUAUAUACACACACAUAUUUGUGAGCAUAUUGUAGAGUACUGUUCAGUGUGAUUAUUCAGCAAGAAUCUGACAAAACUCACGAAAUCCCAUAUCUAACUGCUUGCAUUAUAUCUGUGGUGAAAUGAACAGUCUGGAGAAGAUGGGAGCCUUCUUCAGCCUCCCUUGUCAUCUAUUUAUUUUUUAUUUAUUCUUUUAGAGCAUUUACAGAUUUUUUUCAAUGUGUCAUCUGGUACUUCAGAUGAUCAGUUGUACUUUUUUCCAUUAAUACAAUGGUGAUUAUUACAACCAAGGUUGUUCUGAACAUGGGAGUCUUCAAAGACCACUUAUAGUGUGAACAGCAGAAACUUAGCAGUACUUAACAGGAUUUUAUUUUUUUUACUGUCACUAUUUUUUGUUUAUAUUUAUCAUAUACUUAAAUGACAUUCCCAUUAAUACAGUUCUCAUGUUAGGCUAUGUGAGUAAUAUAUAUUAAUUAUGCAUAACAUAUAAAUCUUGAUGUCACUUGUUUGUAUAGUAGAUCCUGAUAGGGAAUAUUGAUGCACGAACUUCCCAAUCUACUUCCUUGACUGGCACUUCACUAUACAUCUUGAUGCUAGUUGUAGGGUUUGCUUUGUGAAGUGGCAGAAGAAAGUGCAAGAAUCCUUUUGCAAUGAAGUACCUGUAAUCGUAAUCUUCUUGAUUAAUAGCAAGUCAGUUGUAGGAUUAAACCAUUUUAACUCUUACUGUACUUACUCUCACAGGAAUCCUUCUUCCAAGUAAUGCUAUAAGAUCUAACAUGUGAAUGGCAUCAUAUAUAUAUUCUUAUUUGUCAGCAUAUUCUCAAUCUUGUGUGCAAAUAAUAGUCCCUAAUAACUUAAACAAUAACUGGAUCACAUUGUGAGAAAUUACACAGGCAGGACAAUCUGCACCUUAGAGAUAUAAAGCGCGUGUUCCCUUUCUGUGGUCACAUGUUAAUGUUAUCUUCUCAUUCAGGAAUGAUAUCUCCGGCAAAAGAUGGAAAGAUCAUUAAAGACCAAUUUUUAUGCAGGGCUUAAGAGAAAAAGAAAGGUAACUUUUUGAUAAGUAAUCUGCUAUUGGUAUAGAGUAUAUGCCAUUCCAUUUUCAUAUUAAGUAUUAGGCAAAGACACAUCUUUCAAAUAUACCAAAUUUAUACGGCAAGUUACGGACUGGUUUAAUCAGAUACACAGAAUUUUGCCAAUUUACAUUGGUGUGGCUCUCCUAUCAGGAUCACUGUUUUACCCAGAAAGAGAAAGCAAGAAGAACCGUCCAAAAUAAAGGCAGCAGAUGAGCAACUGAUUCCAUGAAUGAGGGUAACAUUAAUUAGGUACUGCCUACUCCAUCAGUUGUAAAGCUCCAGUAGUAUAUAGUUACCUAGUGUACACCACACUCGGGACUCAACUUCAAAACAGGUUUUCGUGGGAUAUUUGAUGGCUUUGUCGGACUUCGCUCUUUUUUAUGGAAUAAUCCAUUACUGAAUGUAUUUUAAAGUCAGCUUUUUUGUAUUGACUAUCUGUUAGAUCCAUAUAUCUAUUUUUUACCUCAAUGUUUGUUUUUUAUGAUUUAAGGUUGUCAGUCAGUCACAAGAAAUCAGUGAUUGCCAUGCAAUAUAAACAUGGCAUUUAUUCAUUUUAUUACCUUUUGGCAACAUCAAAGAUAUCAAGUCAAUGACAUUGUCCAUUAAAUUCCCAUUGUUAACUGGCUUAAAAUAACUGAUUUCUUCUGCAGGGUACCAGAGAUGAAGAUGAUAAAGAAUGCUAACUAUUGGUUUCUAGUGUAGAAUACAAGUGAUUGAUUCAAGUGAAUUUACUCAUUUCUUUUCUCAUUUUCCUUUUUUUUU